GUCAGAGCCGUCAGAGCUAUUGUCAUAUUUUUGUCAUUCUGACACUUCACAACAUUUUCGCUCACGUUCAUUACAAUAUCAAAACAAUAUAAAGACCGCUUCGUAUUUUCUGAUCCAGUAUCAGUAGAUCAUUACACUGUGAGGGUCUCGUCGUAUUUUUUUAAAAUUGGAGUUGUUAGAAUGGCUCAGGCUAGACUUGCUUCCUGUGUUCCCUUGCCAGUGGAUCAUAAAACUUUAGUAAAUGUUAUUGAAAAGGCUAAGGAUUGGGCGUUGAUGCACGGCGUGGGAAUGAGAGACAGGAAACAAUUCAGCAAAGAUGCGAUCCAGAUUGCACCAUUUGUCUUACUGCCAUCACCAUUCCCUCGCACUGAAUUCAACAAGGCCGUUGAACUUCAACCAAUUUUAAAUGAAUUGAUGCACAAGGUUGCUCACGAUGAUGAGUUUCUUCAGCACACACUACAGAAUGCUUUGCAAGUGGACGAGUUUACGGCCAACCUUUACGACAUAUGGGUAAAAGUCCGUGAUGAAGGGAUUUCUCAGCCGGUAUCGCUAGGCAUGCUGCGUUCCGACAUCAUGCUGGAGUCGCGCUGUCCGCACACCGAGAAUCAGUGCGCUAAGCACACGCCCUACUGUUCCUGGAAGCAAGUGGAAAUUAACAGCAUUGCCUCAGGAUUUGGACACCUCGGCCCAUCGACCAGCCUCGGGUUAUUCCGUUCGGACUACCUUCUACAACAGCCGCAACAGAACCGGAUUAAACAAGUGGAGUUUAAUACGAUCGCGUCCAGUUUCGGCGCCAUCACCACAUACCUGCCCUGCAUGUCUCGCUACAUCCUGCGACAACUUGGACAUGGCGAUUUGAUCAAACAUAUGCCUGAAAACCGCGCUCUGUCCGGUCUGUGUGGUGGUAUAAUCGAGGCUUAUGACAUGUAUGGCGUUCCGUCUGCUGUGGUGCUGUUCGUCGUCGAGGAGGUGUCCUACAAUAUCUGCGACCAGCGCUUCCACGAGUUUGAGAUCUCCGAGAAACGGCCCGACAUACAAAUAUUCAGAAAAACACUCAACGAAAUAUAUGAAGAAACUGACCUGAACGAUAAGAAGCAGCUUGUUUUAGACGGGCGCCCGGUAGCCGUGGUGUACUACAGGUCCGGCUACGAGCCGGCGCAGUACCCCUCCCAGCGCGAGUGGGACGCCCGCCUGAGGGUCGAGCGCUCCAACGCGAUAAAGUGCCCGUCGAUCCACUACCAGCUAGCGGGCACCAAGAAGGUGCAGCAGGCGUUGGCGGCACCCGGCGUGCUGGAGAAGUUCAUGGGCCCCGGCGGCGCCACCAGCCGCGUGCGGGACAUCUUUGCGGGGCUCUACUCACUCGACUUCGACGAGAACGGCGAACGCGCCGUCGAGAUGGCGCUCGCUGAUGCCGAAAGAUUCGUGUUGAAGCCCCAGCGCGAGGGCGGCGGGAACAACAUCUACGGUCCGGAGAUACGGGACGCGCUCACGCGCAUGCGCCACAGCCGCGAGCGAGCCGCCUACAUACUCAUGGAGAGGAUACUACCGCCGCUGGUGCAGGGCUACGUGGUGCGGCCAGGGGCGCCGGUGCCGCCGCCCAUCUCGGACCUCGUCUCGGAGCUGGGCAUCUUCGGUGUCAUCAUCGGGUCAAAAGAGAAGAUCCUGCACAACAAGCAGGUGGGGCACAUGCUGCGGACCAAGCUGGCCGACGCCAACGAGGGCGGAGUCGCCGCCGGGCUCGGGGCGCUCGACUCGCCGUACCUCCUCGACUUGUAGCCCUAAGGUGUGAGUCGUGUUCCCUUCAUGUACACUUAGGGUCAAACCACAUCACACUUUCCUGUACUUCUAUCCUCUGUUACUCAGAAGCGUCAUUUGCUAGAACGAGAAAGAGUGACCGCAAGCGGCAGAUUCAACGAGGCGAUCGCGCCUUCUCGCUCUAGCAAAUGACGGUUUUGAGUAACAGAAAAGGAUAGAAGCAUAGGUAAAUGCUAUUAGGUGUGAUUCAAGGUAAGGGUGGCUGUCAAUUGGAGGACCCAGAGCAAUGGACAGUAGACUCAUCAUCACUAAUUUAAGCCACGCUCUUGUCGGUGUAGCAUUCUCCAUUCUUGUCUAUCAGAAUGUCCCGAGAGAGUGAGAAUAAGAAAAUAAUUAUUUGUUUCAUUUAUUUAUUUCUCAAAUUAAAAGUUUUUUUUUCUAUCUUUGGCAAUGACAACGUAGUUGGUUAAACGCCAUCUAACGAGUUCUUGAGAAAAAAAUAAAUUCAUAAAAAGAAGAUCUUCUUUUUUUGUAUGAUACGUAAGUACGAAUUAUUUUUCCUUCCUAAUUUUACUGUCAUUUCUCAGAAUUAUGAUAUUGUAACACUUACUUUUUGUAACAAUUUGUAAUUUAUUAAGUUAAUUAAUUAAAUUAUGUCAAAAUUAAUAUUUUAUGUUCGGGUCCUUUCACAUUAUUGUUACGACUGAAGCAAAUCAAAACGUAUAACCGCUUUAUGUUGUCAAUGUGAAUGGCCCUUAAAAACUUUUAAUUUCCUUUGAAAAUAUUAUGAUUUUUAUUUUUACUUAUAUUUAUUAUUUUUUAAACAUUCCAAUAUUACUUACACAGGGAUUUCUUUUAUUGUUAUAUAAUAUUAAUUAUUAUUGUUGGUAAUUAGUAAUUAUUCAAUGAGCCUUAUUACUUUAUUUUUCUAUUUAUCAAUGAGGGAUUUUCCAAUCGGUGUUCCCCAAAAACACGAUAGAUGGCGUUGUUAAGUUUUUUCUUCGUUUAAACUUCUAAUUACAUGGAUAACAGACAUUGGUGCUAAUUCUUGUAAAUACCAUCUAAUUUUAUUUUAAGUUAUAUCUGUCAUUUUCUUAUCCGCCGAAAAGGAAAGGGACGGGUAAUCGACAAGCAUAAAAUUUAUGGAACACACGUCAAUUUUAAGCACAAAUCUAAACCAACCGUCUAAAAAUUUUACAUCAGUCAAUAACCCGACACGUUCAUUUAAUCAUUCUUCCUAAAAUUAAGAGCUGUGAAUCAUCCGUCCCUUUCCUUUUCGACGGAUAUGAAAAUGACAGAUAUAACUUAAAAUAAAAUUAGACGGUGUCUCCAGGAAUCGGGGCCAUUAUGCAUCUUUUAUCUUUGUUUUUAGAUAUAAAUGAUGACCCUUUUUAUUACACCAAGGUAGAAUUACAACUUCCACCCAUUAUUAUUCUGAGCAAAAAGAGAAGCAAUAUAGGUAGCAACAUCAUUCUAUAAAUACUGUGAUCAAAAUAUCAAGCAACAAUUAGUUUUAUAUAUGCUUCUGCCGUUACAUUUUUUUUUUUUAUAAUUAUGUACCCCAGCAAUGAGAAAAUAGGUAAUUAUCACGUUAAAAGUGAACAACGCCAUCUAUUCAAAUUCAAAUUCAAAAAUAUCUUUAUUCAGUAGGUAAGAUAGUUACACUUUGAAUCGUCAAUUUUUACAUAACGAACGUCUCAUCCGCCUAAAACUACUGCAGCUUCUCACAACCUGUAUAGCCGGGGAAAAGAAGCUGCUAGAAAAACCUCGGCACAGGGCCCUAGACGUUCUUUAAAAAAAUAAACAUAAAAUAUUGGUAUACAAUUGAGUAAUUUAGCUGCCUAAUAUCAGUUCUCAGACAGUUAAUCCCAUGCAUUCAUAUCUUCUAAAUAAUCACUAACUUUAUAAUAACCUUUUUUGUAAAGUUUUUGUUUAACUACUGUCUUAAAACAGUUGAAAGGCAAAUUUUGAAUGUCAAUGGGAAUCGUGUGUUUGGGGAACGUCGAUUGGAAAGUCCCUUAAUGCACAUUCUUCUCUUGUGUGGGUUGUGAGUUGUGGGUCGAUGACCGAUCACACCAACCAUUGUACAUUUAGAACUCGAAUUUUAUUUUAUUUAUUUAUAUCAGGUAACAAAGAUCCAUACAGAUACAGCAAGCUUUUAAUAUUACAUUGGUGCUAAUUCCUGUAAACACCACCUAAUUUUAUUUUAAGUUAUAUCUGUCAUUUUCUCACUCGCCGAAAAGGAAAGGGACGGGUAAUCGACAAUCAUAAAUGUUAUGGAACACACGUCAAUUUUAGGCAGAAAUCUAAAAUAACCCUCUAAAAAUGUUACAUUAGUCAAUAAUCCAAUAGAAUUUAGUUGACAGCACACGUCAAACGGUUUGCAUACCAGCGAUAUACCUUUUUGAUUCGCCGGGUUAUUCAUUAAUUUACUCCGUCCCUUUCCUUUUCGGCGGAUAAGACAAUGACAGGUAUAACUUAAAAUAAAAUUAGGAGCUAGGUGUCUGCAGGAAUCGGGGCCAUUGCAAAUUGAUUCAAAAACGUCAUGUAGACAUAACCUAAUUAUUACGCUCAGUGCAUGAAGGAGAUAGAGCUAGUUUUAAAACUAAUGUAAAAGCGAGAGAAGUGCAGUCAUCAUCAUCAUCAGCCCAUUAACGUCCCCACUGCUGGGGCACGGGCCUUCCCUAUGGAUGGAUAGGGAGAUCGGGCCUUAAACCAUCACGCGGGCCCAGUGCGGAUUGAUGGUUAAUAACGACUGCUAAUGCAGCCGGGACCAAAGGCUUAAAGUGCCUUCCGAAGCACGGAGGAGCUCGAGAUGAAAACUUUUUUUUGUGGCCACCCAUCCUAUGACCGGCCUUUGCGAAAGUUGCUUUACUUCAACUAUCGCAGACCGAGCGCGUUUACCGCUGCGCCACCGAGCUCCUCAAUGUUUUAAGGUAUUCUUAACUAAAUACUUGGGUUUAAUUUUCCUUACUGGCUUCUCUUUACUAUGAGUGUGACAGUUGUCAAAAUGGACUUCUCUCGCGAUUGCUCAAAUGUUUUCGGUGUAACUACCCUCACUUCAUUAUUUUCUUUUUUUGACGUCAUAGCUUCUGUUUUGAACCGUGGCAGGUAAUAUUCUGUCUUACCUCACUCGCCUCGCCAGUCAACUCCUGACCACUGAUGUGCCCGUGGUAUAAGAAUACCAGGUAUGCUCAAAAUUGACAGCUAAUAUUUCAAGGUUAGCCCAGCUGACGUCAUCCGGCCCUACGUUGUCAUUUCGUAAAAAAUAAAUUACCCACGACCAAUGUUUUUAUAUUUUAGUAAAAUAUUUAUUUACAGUUUUAUAGAUUUUUAUAUAUUAUAUACAGGGUGUUAGUGACAUCGUAACGAAAACUUUAAGGGAUGGUUCAGGCUAUGAUUCUGAGUUGAUAUCAAGUAGAAAUUUCCGUCGCAAAAGUAUGGAUUGGAAAAUAAUUAAAAAGAAAAGAAAAAUUUUCAUGAAUUUUUUGACACGAAAUUCCACUUGAUAUCAACUCAGAAUCAUGGUCUGAACCAUCCCCCUCAGUAUUCAUUACGGUGUCACUAACACCCAUACCUACUUAUAUGGCUACCGUAUGUACUUGUACGGGGUGUAAGUGUCAUCGUAACGAAUACUGAGAGGGAUGAUUCAUCUGAUUAUUCUGAGUUAAUAUCAAGUGGAAUUUUCCAUCGCAAAAGUAUAGAAUUGAAAAUAAUUUAAAAAAACUAAAAAAAAAUCAUGAAUUUUGCGACGGAAAAUUCCACUUGAUUUUAACUCAGAAUCAUGGUCUGAAUCAACCCCCUCAGUAUUCGUUACGACGUCACUAACACCCAGUAUAUGUGACAAGUAAUAGUAAUUAAAUACAUUAGUCAUUAAUUCACUUAAUUUUCAAUAGUAAAAUUUACGUCUUUGGAAUGUUGGAGAUACCAAUUUAAUGGUAACACGUACCUUAUAAAUGGGCUAGCAAUGACGGCUUGAUACCUGGUUUUCUUAUACCAUGGAUGUGUAGUUCCCACUUUGGGGUUCCCGUCUGUAAAAAGGCACGAAAGUUAUGUAAAAAGAGCUUUAUUUAUUACCCAAGGGUUAAGGCAGAUAAGCUCAGAGUACAAGAACAAUUUGAAAAAGGAAAGCAGGUGUCAUUGUUUUUUUUUUUUAGUUUUUACAAUGGGAACAUUCCCUCUUUGGGAACAUUCCUGGGUACGGCACAUCACUGCUCCUGACCACGGUCAAACGCGGCCAAAACGUCAGGAAUGCAGUACUAGCCCCGCCGGAUACGUCAGUCAUCAUCAUCAACAGCCUAUAUACGUCCCACUGCUGGGCACAGGCCUCCCCUCAAUCAACCGGAGGGGGUAUGGAGCAUACUCCACCACGCUGCUCCAAUGCGGAUUGGUGGAGGUGUUUUUACGGCUAAUAGCCGGGACCAACGGCUUAACGUGCCCUCCGAAGCACGGAAUCAUCUUACUUUUUUCGGACAAUCAGGUGAUUCAAGCCUGAAAAGUCCUUACCAAACAAAGGACAGUCUCACAAAGUGAUUUCGACAAUGUCCCCAUCGGGAAUCGAACCCGGACCUCCAGAUCGUGAGCCUAACGCUCUAACCACUAGACCACGGAGACUGUUCGUCAUUAUUAUCAUUUAAUACGUCAGUAUUAUCAUUUAAAUACUUUUAGUUCAUGUCUUGGGGUAUUUCUUUCCUUUUGAGGUUCAGCAGCGACUGCAUGGCUACCGUGCCGCGGCGGGACGUGAAUUAUAUCGAGGGUUUCGACCAAUCAAUAGAGCGAAUGCUAUCUACGUGGAUAGACGUACGGCUAUUGGUCAAAGCACUCGAUAUUACACGCGCCGCGCGCGGUGUGGUUGCUAUUACGCGAGGUCUGAACCCUAAAAACACAUAUUAUAAAUCGUAGAAAAAUGAAUAAUUUGUAAAAAUAAUUCCAAAAAAUAUAACUUUCAAGCAAUGUAGGUAUAUGACUGAAUAUAAAACAAAAUGAUUAUUGUAGAAUAUGAUUUCUUAAAUUAAUAUCAAUUAAAAAAAUAAUAACUUGAGCUGUGCCAUACGUAAUACAAGGCAAUACACCUAUGAGGCACUAGGUGUCUAAAAAGGGAACUUUGGAGCAAUUCAUCUAAAAAUCGAUUUUGUAACUUGACUUUGGUUUUUUAUAUAUGCAAAUGUCAGAUUGCUGUUUUUUAGAUGAAUUGCUUCAAUGUGGCCCAUUUACACCCUCAAAAGCAGAAAGUCCUAAGUUUCAGCUCUGAUAUAGUUUUAGAAAUUGUAUUCGAAGAUUGUGGUGCUGUGUACAAUAAGUUAAAUUAGGUAAAAAGUGACUGUAAUUGCAAUUUUAUAAGUUUUUAUUUCAAUAAAUGAAUAUUACGUAAA